UAACUUUCUGGACUUCAAUUUUAUUGUAAAAAAAAGUUUGUAGCAGAAAUAAUUACAAUUCCAAUUUCCGAACAAUCAAACAACAUAAACGCAUCAAAGUUGUUGGAGCAGAAACACAUUCAAACGACAAAAUUGUACGACUAUGUCUCUCUGAACCAUCCAUUCCUCUUUCUUCAUCUAGUUCUGUAUAUUGAAUUUCCACUUUUCUAUUUCUGUCCCAAAUUCAACAAUUAGUCAACUAACUAACUUGGGUCAACGCCUUAUCCAACUCCUGAAUGGCUCCUCGUAAGAACAUUGAAUCGAACACCGUUCUAGCAAACCGUUUGGUUCUUCUUUUUGUGUUUUUGGCUUCUUGCGGUUUGGCCUAUCUUUUCUUCUCUGCGGUAACCAGAAGUGGUUCUGUAUCGGAGUUUAGAGCUGGGUCAACGUCUUCCUUUGCUAUAGUUGGUGAAAAAACUGGAGGAGGGUGUUGUAGAGGGGUUGAAGAUUUGGAGCUUUGGGGUUCAGCUGUGAAAUGGGGUUCUGAUUUCAAAUUCAACACUUCUGAAGGAUGUUGCAAUGCUUGUAAAGCUAUGUGCACUGGGAAAGAUGGACCUUGUCUAUGUGAUUCUUGGGUGUUUUGUGGAAAUCGGGAGAAUUGCGGCUCCAAAUUCGGUGAGUGUUGGUUGAAGAAACAAAAGGACAGCUUAGCCCCUCAACGGCAAGACGAAGAUCCUUUUGGAGAGAAAAUUACUUGGACUUCUGGUCUCGUUUUUGGAAAAGGGGAGGGUAUUAUUGGGUUCGAAACUGAACACGGAACUAUUCAAAUCAAACUUUUCCCUGACUGUGCUCCGCACACAGUUGCCUAUAUUCUAGAACUGUUGCCCUUGCACCAUUGCGCUGGCUGCGAAUUAUACCGUGCAGAGAGCCGAGGUCAAUCAUGGGAUUCGGAAGGAAACCAUAUAAAAAAUGCCGGUUUUGGUCCCCCGUAUGCGUUAAUUCAAGGGACAUUAGAAGCACAAGGCACACCGUUCCAUAAACUUCCUUUAGAAGAUUGUCCGCUCUUAAGAAGAGGCUCAGUUGCGUUGAUUGGUUCGGGUCCAGAAUUCUUUAUUAGCUUAGCCGAUCACUCAGAAUGGAAACAAGAAUACACUGUUUUCGGCUCUGUUCUUCCGGAAGACAUGAUUGUUGCUGAGAAAAUCGCUGCACUCCCCACCUUAUCUGAUGUUUGGAACAACGUUAACGUAACGGUUUUGAAAAAACCAGUUCCUUUCUUGCUCAAAAGAAUCAAUAAAAGCAGCCAAGAUUGAAAGUUUGUGAUAAUGUGUUGAUUGGUGGUUGUAGGUUUCAAUUCUUUUUUGCUCCAGAGCUUAUAGUAUUUCCAAUCUGUUACUAAAACGGUUUUGUAAUUUUUUUUCACUUUUUAUUUAUAAACUUAUUUUCACUUUA